CGUGGCCGCUCCUUUCAGCUUGCAGUUAGGUCGCCCCAGCCAGGUUUCCAGCUUUCCUGACAAGAACUACUUGUGACUGUGACACCAUUGAAUUAUUGUUGCACACGUAUUCAGUUGCAGGUAAUUUUGUUGAUUAUGCGGCCUGUGAUACUGCCAUUCGCUCACCAUCCAGUUACCGCUCGUUGAAUUUCAGAAGCCGACGUAGUGGCAACGGUAAAGGCUUCCAGGCAGCGUGCCCACCCCGCCGACAAAAUCAGACAACGCAGCUGAACACGGCAAACACGAGACACUUUACCGUCAACAAAGUCAACUAAGGAAACCACUCAUUUUGCAACGAACAUUAUCCGUGCUUAAGGGCGACACUCUGAAGUACAAUGCUUUUUCCUUGUCGCCACGUCGUAUGACUGUCGAAAGCUUGCUGCUCUCGACUGGACACACUGCCAGAGUGACCCAGCUCUGAGUCCCUCAGUGUCCCAGACCGCUGACUAAGACUCUCGCCCAGCCCCCCAUGACAUAAUGUCAUGUGGUUACCACGCAGCGAGCUGCUGCCCGAAGAACUGAGAGAGCGAUUCGACAAAUUUACGUUUUCAAUCAUGAAAAAUUAGGAUAUACUUGUUCUUUUAUCACCAUAUCGACGGGACUGUCGGUCGUGGCAGCUGUGGUCUGAAAACCGCUUCACGAAAUAUUGCGAUCCACGGAACUGUAGCAAUGAAGGGGUCUAUUUUUCGAGCUGCAUGUCUGACCCUGCUCGUGGGAGCCGCUCUUUCGUGCGUCGCGACGGAAUCCAGCGACCCCAAGACUGAGGCUGAUUUCACCGCCACUAUCCCCAAAGGGGGACUCGAAAAGAAUGUGGAGAAAGUCUUUAAUCUCGGUCCGUCCAGCACGCUCCAGGUCAUUGACGAAACUGGUGAAGCAGUCUACUUGCCGAAACCAAGCGUGAGCGCUGACGACUCUUCGUCAGAACGGUACAGUGUUGCGUAUCCAUACACGAAUGGAGCGUGCGACUUCACACAGACCAUCAAAUUCAUGGAUGCAUUUCCUGGCUACACGACUCCGCUGUGGGUUCGGACACAGUCUGAUUCGGAGAAGCCUCAACCGGCAACCUCAAUAGGGGCUCUCAUGUAUACGUUUACCAAUCCUCCGGCAGAGUAUUUGGGUGAGGGUACGACCUUUUGCGUGCGGUUCAAAGCUUCGUUAGCGAACAGCUCUCAAUCAACGAAGCCACCCGCGCCUUCAGACGUAGAGGACACAGGCUCUUCUGACAACCCGGGUGACAAUGUGACAGAGGACACAACUGAGAGUCCAUCACAGGGCACCGACGGUUCAGCAUCAGGACCCGGGUCGACUCAUCCGGAAAACGACGCGGAGGAACAUGAGGAUGGCGAGUCACUGGGGCAAGACCAGCAAGGGCGCAUGGAUAAAUCUUCCCUAGGCAAAGAACCACCCAUGCUCGAUCAGGGAAAUUCGUCACCAGCAACAACGGGGGCGGGUGCCCAUGAAAAAAACGAGAGCGUGUCAGGAGUUCCAGCUCCCGGUGGACCUGAGGACAAAUCAGAGAAUGAAACGGACUCUCUUACUCCAUCGGCCGAAGGCACACCAUCGCAAACCGUUGACGCCUCCAAAACAGAGGGUUCUCGGCUGACAGGAGACGGAACGACAGAAAUGAAUCAUAAAAGGGUCAUAGAUGGUGAUGGCAUUGGAAGCCAUAGCUAUUCUCGCUUGAGACGCCUCAGUGAUGCUUCUUCAACGAAUGAUGUGUUUUUGACUAUUGUGGUGCAUUCUGCGGCGUGGGAAUUUUCAGGUGGAGUGAGUGCAGCGUCACUUGCUUUUGUUGCUGUCGCUGCCACGUUUACCAUCUGUUGAUU